AUGUUCCUACGGCGUGCUCCUCGAGGGAAGCAGCGCUCCAGCAGUCUCGUGCAGCGCGCGGGGCCGUGGGCGGCGGCGUCGACUCAGCGGUCGCGUCAGCGCGCCCCACCCGAUGCUGCGGAGAGCGACCCGUCGGCGCCGCCCACCGCCGCCCACGCGCCACGUGCACCGAGCCGCCGCACAGUGUUCGGGCCGACCGCAGGCAGCCGCAGGCCGAGGCGCCCUGCCGGCCGGCCGCGGUCGUUCACAGAGCUGCCGCCGCAGCCACUAGCAGGCCCCGCGUGGGCGGCGGGCCUCCGGCCGCUUCCGGCGAGGUCGCCGCGGGUCGACGUCCACCGCGGCCUGUCAACGCUCCGGCUGCCCAGGGUGGCGUCGCACGGUGGCGGGUAG